AUGGAAGAAGACCUGAAACUGUCAGGAGAGAGUGGCCCGUUUCCUUCUCAAUGUCUGGACGACAAAGUUGAAAUAAGUUUGCCUGAGUCGGCUUUGCUGCGCAACGCCUCUAAACAGGUUAGUUCUAAUGCCUUGGAAACAUUUAUAGAAGCGGCGAAUCGGGAUAAAGACCUGAAACUGACCGAAAGGGACUUGGCAGUUGCGAAAGCUGUUUAUAAAACCUUAACGAGCAUAGAGUCUCUGUUCGACAACUACGGCAUUCCACAGUCCUGGGACGGUCAAAAGCUUGAAGACUUUCAAAACAUUGUGUACCGGCAGAUCGAUGAGAGCAAAUGUAUUUCGGGGAAAACACAAAAGGAUGAAGACGACUUUUCUGCGAGAGACGCUGCCAUAACUGACUAUUUUGAGAAACUGAAAAAACUCUUGAAAGACAUGGAAUUCAGUGAUUGCGCUUGGGAGACGGUUCGGCUUGAGGUUCUGAGUCUUCUACAGUUCAUUGUGGUGGAGACUUCAGAUAACGAGUUCUGGUCACGAAGAGUCUAA